AUGGCAGCCGCUCUCGUAAACCUUCCCAUGGUUCAGCGCCUGAGCCCGCGCUGCAUCCGCAUCCUGGGUGGCAACCCGGGCAAAUUUACGCUGCAAGGCACUAACACCUACUUGCUUGGUACUGGCCAUUUUCGUAUUUUAAUUGAUACAGGGGAAGGGCGUCCAGUUUGGAUACAAGCACUCAAGGAGACGCUUGCUCAGGAAAAUGCGACGGUGAAGUUGGCCGUAAUAUCACAUUGGCAUCAUGACCACACCGGCGGCAUUGCGGAUCUUGUCAAUGCUUUCCCCCAAGUAAAGGUUUUCAAAAACAGCCCAGAUGAUGGACAGCUGCCGAUUCAGGAUGGCGACAGUUUUCAAGUCGAAGAUGCAACUUUAACAGCCUGCCACACUCCUGGCCAUACAAAAGAUCACAUAGUGUUCGUGCUUGCCGAAGAAGAUGCAUUGUUUGCGGGCGAUAAUGUGCUUGGGCAUGGCACAGCUGUGUUUGAGGACCUGGCGACGUAUCUCCAGAGCCUGAACAGAAUGAAGACGCUCUUCUCCGGACGGGCUUAUCCGGGCCAUGGACCUGUGGUUGAAGAUGGACCGGGGAAAAUCAGCGAGUAUAUCGAACACCGCCGUCAGCGAGAGGAAGAGGUCUUGCAAGCAAUGAGAGCCAGCAACUCGGACAAUAGCAGAAGCUGGACGGCAAUGGACAUAGUUAAAACGGUAUAUAAAGGUGUACGCGAGGAUUUACAUAUGGCAGCUUGCGGUGGGGUUUUACAGAUGCUUGCCAAAUUAGAGCAGGAGAGAAGGGUUAGGCAAACCAAAGACGGGUGGCAGCUGCAAGAUGUUAAGAGUGUAAUAUAA